AUGGCCGAUAUCAAACCACCAUUUACCGAGGAGACCGCUCGUAAAAAGGUCAAGGCAGCUCAGGAUAUGUGGAAUACCCAAGAUCCUCCACGCGUCGCGCAGGGAUAUACUCCGACAUGCAUUUGGCGUAACCGAACCUCUUUCUUCUCUGGCACCGAGAAUAUUGUUGAGUUUCUGACAGCCAAAUGGAAGAGAGAGCACAAUUAUCGCCUUCGCAAGGAACUCUUUUCAUUCCACGAUGAUCGCAUCGCCGUGCAGUUCUGGUACGAGUACCAAGACGCAACGGACGGGAUGCGUUGGAAGCGGUGCUAUGGGCUGGAGGAUUGGACAUUUGACCGAGAAACGGGGAAGAUGCGCAAGCGCAUGAUGAGCGGUAAUGAUCUGCUUCUCGGGCCGGAUGGGAAUGGUGAAGGGCGAUGGUUUGUUGAAGGUGUUGACGUGAAUGAAGUCCCAAUCAGCGAGAAACACUGGUAA